AAACGAACGUAUACAGGUCAAAGAAAUACUAGCUCUGCAAUUAAAAUGGCUGCCUCCACAGAUUUUUACCUGCGUUAUUAUGUAGGGCACAAAGGCAAAUUUGGCCACGAAUUUUUGGAAUUUGAAUUUCGUCCUGAUGGAAAACUGAGAUAUGCAAACAAUUCCAAUUACAAAAAUGACACAAUGAUUAGAAAAGAGGCUUACGUACACAAGUCUGUGAUGGAAGAACUAAAGAGAAUUAUUGAUGAUUCUGAGAUUAUGCAUGAAGAUGAUGCAUUGUGGCCCCCACCUGACAGAGUGGGCAGACAGGAACUGGAGAUAGUUAUUGGAGAUGAGCAUAUAUCAUUCACCACAUCCAAAAUUGGGUCUCUAGUUGAUGUUAACCAGAGCAAGGAUCCAGAAGGCUUAAGAACAUUCUACUAUCUAGUUCAGGAUCUCAAAUGUCUUGUGUUCUCUCUGAUUGGACUACACUUUAAGAUAAAACCUAUAUAAGUGUUAAGAAAGAAAAGUUUUUUAAACAGUAGCACAUACCAUUCAUGGCGCAGCAGUCUUAAGGUUUUAAUACUGGAAAACUUCACUAGUUUUAUUUGUGCAAAAGGACCACUUUGAAAGAAAAAAACAUCUUCUAGAUCUGUUGUAAUCUUGAAGAUAAAUGUUUAUUGUGUUUUUUGUGUGAAAAAAAUGUAAAAUUACUUGACCAUGUUAUAUUAAAUUCUAAGUAGUGACAGAAUCAAAAGUGAUCCUUGCAAUGUCUCCCUAAUUGUAGGCAUUUUAAAAAAUUUCAAACUGAUCAGAACUAUCAGUGUCUUUAGUAUUUUUCUAAUUGAAUUGUGUAAAUGUGAUAUUUAAGUGACAUGUUUUUUUUCUACGAUAGGCCAUAGAUUUUUAAUUUGUAGAAUGUAUACCUACAUCACUGUCAGUUCAUCAAGUUCAUUCUUUUGGUACACAUACUGCACACAUGGCUGAUCUAGGCUUAACAGGUCAGCUGUCUAAAGGCCUUUGGAUUAGUUUUGCGAUUUGUCAUCCAUUUCAUUUUCUUGUAUGAUAAAGAAAUUUGAAUAAAGGUAUAAAUGUAUAAAA